CCCUGCGAACAACCAUUUUUAUAGGAGAGAAGAUCAAUUAAAACAGAAAAGUCUCUGCAACAAGACCCCGGAAGCGGAAAUCGCUUUCCGGAAGUUGAGGUUCCUUCUCCCAGUUUUCUCUACACGUUUUCCCAGUAACUAGCAUGGCCGAAAAGAAGGGACCGGAGGCGAAGAAGCAGAAAAAGAUGAAGAACAAGACCAAGGUUGAAGAGACUGAUGCGGGAGAUGAGCCCGGAGGAGCGAGUGGGGAACAGCAACAUGCGAUUACUCGGUUUCCACCGACGUUCAGUUUGGCUGAGAUCAAGAACAAGCAGCGCCGGCAGUUCAUGUUCAUGAGGCUCAAACAGGAGAAGAGGAAGGAAAAGUUGUCUCUCAGAAAAAAACGCAAGAAGGAGAGAGAAGCACUUGGUGAUAAGGCUCCCCCAAAACCAGUUCCAAAAACAAUCGAAAAUCAGCGUGUAUAUGAUGAAACAACAGUGGAUCCCGCAGAUGAAGAGGUGGCAUUGGAUGAAGCGACAGAUGAAUUUGCUCCAUAUUUCAACAAGCAGACAACUCCAAAGAUUCUAAUUACUACAUCUGACAGACCUCGUGGGAGAACUGUGCGGUUUACAGAACAGUUAUCUUCGAUUAUUCCCAACGCUGAUGUGUACUACAGGAGGGGCCUUGCACUGAAAAAAAUUAUUCCCCAAUGUAUUUUAAGAGAUUAUACUGACCUUCUUGUCAUCAACGAAGAUCGAAAAGUGCCAAAUGGACUUGUUCUUUGCCAUUUACCUGAUGGGCCGACUGCUCAUUUCAAAAUGAGUAACGUUCGUCUGCGGAAAGAAAUGAAAAGGAAAGGCAAAGAGCCAACAGAACACAAGCCUGAAGUCAUUCUGAAUAACUUUACCACAAGACUGGGACACAGCAUAGGCCGAAUGUUUGCCUCUCUUUAUCCUCAUGAUCCACAUUUUACAGGAAGGCAGGUGGCAACAUUUCACAAUCAGCGAGACUACAUCUUUUUUAGAUACCACAGGUACAUUUUUAAAAGUGAAAAGAAAGUAGGGAUACAGGAGCUUGGUCCCCGGUUUACACUGAAGCUGAGGUCUCUUCAAAAAGGAACAUUUGACUCAAAAUACGGAGAAUACGAGUGGGUUCACAAGCGCCAUGAAAUGGAUACCAGUCGAAGGAAAUUUCAUUUGUAACCUAAUAUGGAAUCGAACUGCAGUUGAACUUUUGGGUUGGCAACAUCUGGCAUUGGCUUACAAAGACUAAUUUAUACAACCAGGUUCACUCCUGAGUGACCAUGGCUCAAUAAAUACUUUGUGAUACA